CAUUCUGCUUCGUGCCCGAUUCUACCGUCUUCACCGCCUCCAACAUACCUGCAUCACCCCUCUCUUUCUCUCUCUCCCUCCCUCCAAUCUACGGUUUAAGUUUACCCCUCCGAUGACAGCGUACAUUGUGACCCUCCUAAAACCCUAAGAAAGAAAAUUCCUCAAUCCGCUUGUCUUUCAAGACUCAACUAUGUCCGGAGUAGAUAAUGAAGGCGAGGCGUCCGGCUUAAGAGGUGGAGGCGGCAGUGAUCAUCCGGCACCAGCGCCGAUGCCGAGCGCCAACGCGCCGCCGCCGUUCCUAAGUAAGACGUACGACAUGGUCGAUGACUCCGCCACCGACCGAAUAGUGUCAUGGAGCCCCACGAACAACAGCUUCGUGGUGUGGAACCCGCCCGAGUUCGCCAGGGACCUCCUGCCCAAGUACUUCAAGCACAACAACUUCUCCAGCUUUGUCAGGCAGCUCAACACCUACGGUUUCAGGAAGGUUGAUCCAGACCGCUGGGAAUUUGCAAAUGAGGGUUUUUUGAGGGGCCAAAAACACCUGCUUAAGAGUAUUAGUCGGCGAAAACCUGCCCAUGGACAUAGUCAUCAACAGCCACAGCAAUCAAAUGAACAGAGUUCAUCAAUGAGAGCUUGUGUAGAGGUUGGGAAGUUUGGUCUAGAGGAAGAGGUCGAGAGGCUUAAGAGGGACAAGAAUGUGCUUAUGCAGGAACUUGUCAAGUUGAGGCAGCAACAACAGGCUACUGAUAGUCAGCUGCAAACCAUGGUGCAGCGUCUUCAGGGGAUGGAGCAGAGGCAGCAACAGGUGAUGUCAUUUCUGGCAAAAGCUAUGCAGAGUCCUGGCUUCUUGGCCCAGUUUGUGCAGCAGCAAAAUGAGAGCAACAAGCGCAUAACUGAAGGAAACAAAAAACGGAGGCUUAAACAGGAAGAUAUUUCCGAGAGUGAAGAUUCUCCUGUUCCUGAUGGUCAGAUUGUCAAGUAUCAACCAAUAACAAAUGAGGCGACAAAGGCAAUGCUCAGGCGGAUUUCGAAAACGGAUGCGUCCUCCAGGCUGGAAUCUUUUAAUGACAAAGAUGGUUUCCUGAUUGCUGAUGGUCCAUCAUCGACCAAUGCAAUGGACAGUGUGAGCUCUACAAGCCGUGUAUCAGGAGUGACUCUGCAAGAGGUCCCACCAACUUCAUCUCAUAGUGUAACUUCCAACAAAGUUGCAACUCCAUUCCCAGAUAUGAGUCUGCUGGUUCGGGCCCAAGAUGCACCUUCCAUUUCUGUUCCUGAGGCCGAUAUAAUCAUGCCUGAGCUGUCUCAAAUACCUGAAAUGAUGCCAGAAAGUAUCAUGCGCAUUCCCAAGGAUAAUUACAUGGGACCUGAGACCGGCAAUGGUGAAUUUAUAGAUCCGACAUUGGAAGUUAAUGGGUCUCUUCCCAUAGAAAUUGAUUAUAUCUCCCCAGAUGCAGAUAUUGAUCUCUUUCUAAGCGAUCCUAACUUUUGGGAUGACCUUGUGCAAAGUCCAGUGCCGGAAGAUAUUGAAUCAAAUUCUGUGCAGGGUAUGUCCAAGGAAAAUGAAGAACAGCCAAUGGAGAACGGAUGGGACAAUGUUCAGCAUAUGGACAAGCUUACGAAACAAAUGGACCUUCUUACAUCAGAUAUCAAAGAGGCUUGAUAUUGGUUACUACAUGUACACUAGUUUACUCAUUGGAUGAGGAAGGCUAGAGAUGCCGGAGACAGCCUCGCCAGAGUUUCGGAGCUUUGUUUGAAGGUGCCUAGAGAAGGAUUGGAGGAAGAGAGGGACAGUGGCUGAGUUUCUUGGUCAUCCUUUCGUGAACAAACGUCGCAUUUCUAUGGAAGGGUGGUUAAUUAAUUGAUUGCCCUUAAUUUGCACAAUUCAGUUGCACUUUGCAUCCUUUUCUUUUCCGGUCCCAUUAGAAUCUCUUUUUGUUUACAUAACAUAUAAUUUUUUUUAUUAAAAAAACAUUUUAUUUUUUCAAACUUGAAUGUUUUAAAAAUAAAAGUUUUCCAACCCCA